UAUUAUGCCAAUUAUACUGGCGGGGUUGUUACGAAGCUGAGUGGGAAGUGGGAUUGGCGGACGACGUGAUGUUAACAAAUGUCCUGCUGAAAUCCGGUGAUACUUUUAGUGACAGCGAGGAUAUUGUGUAGCUACAUUUUUUUUCCAAAAUAGAUAAUAUCUAUUUGCGAUAUGGAAUCCAGCAAGGCGGAAUCUGCUCCAAAGCAAGCUAUGGUGUAUAUUUGUGGUGAAUGUCAUCAUGACAAUGAAAUUCGACCGAGGGAUCCGAUCAGAUGCCGAGAAUGUGGAUACAGAAUUAUGUACAAGAAGCGUUCCAAGCGUCUGGUGGUUUUUGAUGCUCGAUGAAUUGGUACAACGAAUGAUGUGCAGCAAUGGCACGAAACUCUAGGUACAAUAAUUACUGAUUACGGUUGUUAUAUUUAAUUAUUUUUAUCAUGAUGGUACUUCUUUGUAAUACAUACAAUAUAUUACAUUUAUAAAGACUCGA